CGCUUUCAUUGGCUUGGGGGCACCCCGAAGGUCGGCCCUGGCCGGGGGUCAGCGGGCAAGGAAGCCCCAUUUCGGUCGGCCUCCCUCCGACCGCCCGGCCCUGGCGACUCUGGGGAUCCCCGCCGCGCAAACCCGUGCUGGAUGACCGACUCCCAUCCAGCCUCCCCUUAGUGCGGGGAGGGGGGUCGUGGGGCAGAUCCCUCUCCUUCCCUAGCAUUGGGCUGUCCCCCGCGUGGUCCACCGGGUGGGGGCGGCGGAGGUUCAUCCGGAUGUUGCGGGGGCGCUAGGCUCCGCAGUGCUGGUCACUUUGUCCGCGGAGGCCACGGGAGGGGCCGGGCCUCGGUUCCCCACCCUCCGGGCCGAAGACAGAGUCCAUUAACUAGUUCCGGUCGUCUGGCUCUGGACGGGGAGGAUCCCCUGGUGCUGUGAACAAUGUAGCAGAGAUCAGGCUACUUCGGAGCAGCAGCAGCUGGUGAAGAAAUGGAGAUGCAAUCCUACUAUGCCAAGCUCUUGGGGGAGUUGAACGAACAGCGAAAGAGGGAUUUUUUCUGUGACUGUAGCAUCAUUGUGGAAGGGCGGAUCUUUAAGGCCCACAGGAAUAUUUUGUUUGCCAACAGCGGCUACUUCCGAGCCCUGCUCAUUCACUAUAUUCAGGACAGUGGGCGGCACAGCACCGCCUCCUUGGACAUUGUCACCUCCGAUGCCUUUUCCAUCAUCUUAGAUUUCCUGUAUUCUGGGAAGUUGGAUUUGUGUGGGGAAAACGUGAUUGAAGUUAUGUCGGCCGCCAGUUACCUACAGAUGAAUGAUGUGGUAAACUUCUGCAAGACAUAUAUCCGGUCAUCCUUUGAUAUCUGCCGAAAGAUGGAGAAGGAGGCUGCUGUGGCUGCAGCGGUGGCAGCGGCAACUGCAGCUGCAGCAGCUCAUCAGGUUGACGGUGGAAGCCCCAGUUCAGGCACGGAAGGGGCCUCCUGUGAUACCAAGAGCUUGGUCUCCUCUACAGCCAAGGAAGAAGAGUGUGUGGACUGUCCAAAGGAAUCCCCUUGCGGUGACUGCCGCCCCCUGGAACCGGUGGUGAAAGACAGCGAGGGCAGUGGCUCCGCUGACAGUGACCUCUCUGCUCUGCCCAAGCAGAUAGAGCCCAAGGUGGAGUUUGAUGCUGACGAAGUGGAGCAGGUGGAGGUUGGUGAGCAGCUCCAGCAGUAUGCUGCUCCACUGAACCUGGCCCACAUGGAGGAGGGUUUGCCCAGUGGCCAUCCCGUGGACGUGUCUUACGGUAACUACCACGUGAAGCAAUUCUUGGAGGCCCUCUUGCGCAACGGUGCUGUCCAGAGCAAAGAUGAUGCGGAUCAUCACUUUUCUCGGAGUUUGGAGGGAAGACCAGAUGGUGUAGGAGGAGCCAUGAGUUCCAUGAUGGAUGUCCCGACCGACUGGUAUGGCGAGGAUUCAGGCGACGUGCUGGUGGUCCCCAUCAAGCUCCACAGAUGUCCUUUCUGCCCUUACACUGCCAAACAGAAGGGCAUCCUUAAGCGGCACAUCCGCUCACACACGGGUGAGCGGCCCUACCCCUGUGAGAUCUGUGGCAAGAGAUUCACGCGACAGGAGCACCUGCGGAGCCAUGCCCUGAGCGUCCACAGAUCCAACUGUCCAAUCAUCUGCAAGGGCUGCAGAAGAACCUUCACGAAUCACCUGUCACAGGGGCUGAGGCGCUUUGGGCUGUGUGACAGCUGCACCUGCGUUGCAGACACACAUGAUGAUGAGUACAGUUUGAUGCCCAUCAACCUUAGCCUGGUGGAGGCUUCAUCCGAAAGCCAAGAAAAGAGUGACACAGACAAUGAUUGGCCAAUCUAUGUGGAGUCUGGUGAGGAAAACGACCCUGCCGGAGAGGAUUCUGACGACAGACCACCAAUUCAGCCCAACCUAACAGACCGAGAGACACUCAUGUAGCAGUAGAUGGGUGGGAAGAGGUUUUGGAAUUUGUUAUUGUUCAUUCUGUGGUUGAACCCUGAGACGAACAUUUUUUUCAGUGUCAAUAUAUUUGCAUUUUUGUUAGAUGACCUAGUAGAGGUUGGAUUUUGUGACUCAAAGGACUAAUGAGGUUUUAGUUUGGUGCCCUUGAUUUCUGAGGGCUUUGCUGACCUUCCUUAAUUCUGAGUGAAUAAGGCUGGCCCGCAGGCUUCCUGUUUAUCCUGUUGUGCACCUGAACUCUGGUUAGGAGAAAGAUAAGAAAACCCCCAUCUUGUUUUCAUAGUGUCUCAAUCUCUGCAUUCCUUUGGGGUCAUCCUCUUUUCUCUGAAAAGGUGGGCAAGAAUGUAUUAAGUUUUGAGAAUAAUUUUACCUCUGCCAAGCCUCUCCUAAUGAAUUCCAUAUUCUAAUUUUCCGAAGUACUUAAGAGAAAGCUUUAUUGAUACAAGGCAGGCGGGGCUGCCUUAGACAUGAUUGUAAAAGCUACUUUUCUAAAUCUAAGACUGCAACGGUAAAAGCUGGGGGUGUUUGUGUGCAUACAAGCACGGAAAUAAGCUCAAAGCCUUCUUAUGGCACUUUGACGUGCCCAGUGGAAUCACAUUUUAAGUUUGCCCCAGGAAGGGACCCUGUGAGCCCAGGUUUGGAUGGUUUCCCUGCUUCGUUUGGUAUUUGACAAUUCUCUACACACAAAUAACCUGUUUUGUGAUCAUAAAACUAAUCAUCUGGGCAAAACUAAAAAUUCUCCCCUGCUUUUUCGAGCCAUUUCCAAAGGCCACACUGCUGGAACUAUCGCUACCACUGACAUUCUUUUACUUAGUUUUAGAAUGGAACUUUAAUUGGAGGGAAAGUGUAAGCCUAUCUAAGCAAGUUAUAUUUCUAAAUUGCUUACCUUUUAAAAGAUCUGCUGGAAGGAAAGAGAAGUUUGUAGAAGUACAGGUUUUUAAAACCAGUCUGCUUUUCCCCUCUUAGCAGCCAUGCAAUUAUUCUAACAGAAGGCUGCACUUCUUUAAAGGGCUAAAAAGCAGGAAAUAUUAGGGAUUUAAAAUAUUUAAGGCACUUUCAUAAUUUUGUCUUAUGUUAAGGUAUCCAAAAUGGAUUUUCAAAGAAAUCCCUAAUGAAACGAAGUAUGCAAACAAAACAGUUUCCUUUGAACUUUGAAAAAAAAUAAAAGAAAUCCCUUUUUCUUCCUUUAAUUUAGCAUAGUUAUGUUUCAAAAGGUAGUAAAAUCACUUUUUUCCUGUCUCUUAAACAAAAAGAUCUUCAAAACAUUAUAAAUUGGCUUGUAAAUGCUAGUCAUUGAAGAGUUCAAAGGUAUUUAAACUACUCAGUAGAAGUUAAAGUUUAGCUAGUGUGACUCAAACUGUGGUCCUCACACGGGUGCUGGUCUGUGAGUUGUUUGAUACCAGUCCACACAGCAGGACCAUGUAUUGGUCUGCAGUAGAUUGGAAAUUUUAAAAUUGGUCGUUUGCCCUGGCUGGCGUGGCUCAGUGAUUCGAGAAUCAGAAUGGGUGUGCUGUAUUCCAAUAAAACUUUACUUGCAAAAAACAGGCAGCAAGCAGGAUUUGGCCCAACCUGUUUUAGGUACUACUUUUAUUUUUCUUUUACUAAAUGAAGUUAAUGAGUCUUCAAACAGAAAAUGUAUUUAGUAUUUAGUGUUAGCAGUUCUAUAUUAUAAUAGGUAAUCUUUUUAAAAUCUAUAGGCUAUAGCCCAGCAGAGUGGCUCAGUGGUUGGGUGUUGACCUAUGAACCAGGAGGUCACAAUUCGAUUCCCAGGCAGUUUGAUGCCCGGUCAGGGCACGUGCCUGGGUUGUGGGCUCUUGUGGGCUCCAUCCCAGGUGUGGAGCAUGUGGGAGGCGGCCAAUUGAUGGUUCUCUCUCAUCAUUGAUGUUUCUGUUUCUCGCUCCCCCCUCCCUUCCUCUCUGCAAUCAAUAAAAAUAUAUUUUAAAAAAAUCAUUAGGAUAUAGCCCUGGCUGGCAUGCCUCAGUAGUUAGAGCAUCAGCCUGGGCAAUGAAGGGUCUUGGGUUCGAUUUCCAGUCAAAGGCAUGUACCUGAGUUGCAGGUUCGCUUCCUGCCCCAGGUUGGGUGCCUGCGGGAGGCAACCAGCCUAUGUAUCUCUCUUACAUUGAUGAUACUCUCCAUCCCCUUUCCUCCCUUUCUCCCUCCCUCCUUUCCACUCUCUGAAAAGCAAUGGAAAAAAUAUCCUCGGGUGAGGAUUAACAGAACAAGAAAGAAAAAAUGGUCUUUUACCACAGAUAGUUUCAAAAUUAUUGUUCUAGAUCAAGAGGUGCAAAUUGAAACUUAUUUAGGACCAGAAACAUUUUUCUUAACCUAAAAUGAAAAUAUUAGCUGUUGUUUUAAUAGAGGGAUCUUAGCGAAAGGCAAACCUAAAUGGAUGUGUAGAGGCUAUACUUUGCAAGGAGUUAUGUUUGAUUGUUUUUGCUCUCUCUGUUUAAAGUAUUUUUGAUAUUUUAAAAGACUCUUCUACCUCACAAUUUCACUUCUCUGCCUAGUUUCUCUGGUAGAGCAAGGAGCCUCUUCAGUGACCCCAUGACCUGUUCAUAUUACUGGGUGCAAAGUAAAAAAAAUUUACAUUAGAGAUUUUAUUGUAAGACAGUGAUUCUCAACUGGGGGUGAUUUUGCCACCCAGAGGAGAUUUGGCAAUGUCUGGAGACUUUCUUAAUUGUUACAACUGGGGCAAGGAGCUGCUAGCAUCUAGUGGGUAGAGGAAAGGAUGCUGCUAAAAUCCUACAAUUUAUAGGAUGGUUUCUUACAACAAAGAAUUAUCUAGUCCAACGUGUUAAGAGUUCAAGGGUAAGAAACCCCCCUAAAAAGUAAAAUUUUAAAAAAUGACUUUGAGUGAAGUUAAUUUUGUGUUAUAUUUUAAGCUACGCUACCUUUUACCUUCUUAAUAUAAAUAGACUCUUCCCUGGCCGGUGUGGCUCAGUUGGUUGGAGCAUCGUCCUGUACCUUGAAAGGUCACGGGUUCAAUUGCCCGUUAGGGCACAUACCCAGGUUGUGGGUUCAAUCCCCUGUCAGGGUGCAUGUGGGAUGCAACCAAUUGAGGUUUCUCUCUCCUUUUCCUUUCUGUCUCUAAAAAUCAAUAAAAACAUGUCUUAUUGAUUUUUUAAAUUUAAAAAAUAUUAAUAAGCCCUUAUACUCCCACAACUUUUGGAAAAUAGUGGAUUAGCAAAAUACCGAGUGGAGGCCAAAUAAUUCACAACUUGCCCAUAACCUGAUUAGGUCUGUGAUACGGAAACUUAGGAAUUCUGACUGAGACUUAUACCCCCAGAAUUACUCUAGGCUUUUAUCAUUUUAUUAAAUUUUAAAGUAGCAGAAUCACUGGAAGGAAAACGGAACAUGAAGCUUAAUAUUUAAGUGACUCUCUUUUUCCAUAAUAUUUUAGAUUGUUGCAUUCCUGUUUGGCUGUUUAGAGUUUGUGUGUUGACAUUCAUAGUAACUAGAUCACUGAAUUCUGUCACUUUUAAAGGAGAUCUUUGUCUGGACUAUCAGAUCACAGACUGUCCUGUUUUAAAUUUAUGUUCACAUUUGGUGAUCAGUAUUUUUAAUCUGCACAGUGUCUUUGAGGUGUAAUUUGUGUUGUUGGUGGUGAUAUUUUUAUAAUAAGUAAAUCCACAGUUGGGUCCAACACAGACUAUUUGUGAUUUAGGUUAUAUUCUGACAUCUUUCUGGCACAUCUGCCCAAGUUCACAAAGGAUACUUUUAUCUUAUAUCAGAUAUAUUGCAUGAAUGGGAACAGGAUUUUUACUUCUAAUAGAAUUUAAAAAUGGCAUCCUUGGAAAGUUUCUCUUGGGGGAAGGGGUCAGGCUUUCAUAGCAAGGGUUGGGCGGAAUGUAAAUAAGACCUAUAAUUGUAAUAAAUUAAGAAAUGACAUAGAGCAUCAUGACUUCUGGUCAUUUGGCAGGAAGAUGCCGUUCUGGUGUAAAUAUUUUGGUAGCCAUUAGACUUUGAAUAUUCCUUAAGAAAAUGACUGACCUAGUGGUCUGCAGAAUGCUGUGGCAUUGAGUGUUCUGGUGGUUCAGAAUGCUGUGAUGGUUUUUUGUUAUUGUUGUUAACUGAUGUUGCGACAAACCCCAUAGAAAGGCAACAGGUAGGGCUCCCGGUACUGGUUCUGAGGGCGGUGGGGAAGACUGGAGUAGCUUUUGGUCAACUGAAUGUACAUGUUUCAUUUGGACUUCUAGGUUUUUAUUGUGUGUCCCUUGUGCAUUGACAAUGGAGUUAUCUCUGUGAGGGGCAAAGGGUUGGGUGGGUGAGAAAUCCUAUUAUACUCCGUUUUGAGUAUUACCACUGUACUUCCUGUUGUUGGUCUUUUAUAGCUUCUCUUGUGCUUUCACGUGAUCACACUAUCUUCUAACCCAAAAAAAGGAGCACUUUAUUCAGUUGCUUCUGAUAGGCAGUGUUUUCAUUCAUUUUUAUUCAGUAUUUCCACAACAUCCCUUAUUACUAUGUUCCUCAAACCUGUCAAUAUAGCGCUGAAAAAUUGAAUUCUUUUCUUCAAAUAAUGCUUCUGUAGAGACAAAUGGAAAAAAAAUGGCAGGAAUAGUUUGGUUGGUUUCUAACAUGUCCUAGUUUUAAUUCACACCAUUGUGAUUAGAUGGUAUAGAACCUUCCUAAGUUAAGGGGGACCUUCAGCAGAGGUAGACUCUCCCGGUAGGUAAUUUUACUACUGCCAAGUCUUCAUUGACAACUGUGCUUUUGGGGAGCAAUUUAUAUGUUCAUCACUUGAGUUUUGAACAAGGAGACGACCCACAUCAGGCAAGUAUGGGAGUUAUCCUGGCUAAAAAACCUCUUGUCCCACGGGAGCAAGAAUCUUUUCUAACAACUCCACAGUCACAGCUUCUAGGGUCCCGAAAGAGACAUGUUUAUUCCAAGAGUCACUGUACUUAGGGAAGCCAGGGCUGUGGCUUCCUAUCAGGUACUUAUAGUUCUCCCAGUCUGAAUGCAGUUUACCAGUUAGGGGUCAUUUCUACCAUAGGUAACGUUCCUAGCAAUAUAGUUGACAUACUACUCUUUCGUAGGUUGUCAGGGGAACAGAGCUAGGAAGUUAACCAGAGGUCAAAUUCUCACACUGAAGGAGAAAAGGUUCUGUUAAUCCUUUACCAAACAGUAUGCUAAGCAAUUGCACAAUAGAUAGUCCAUCUAGUUCCUAUAAAAUAUAACCAGGGGAAUUUCCAAUUAAAAUAUAGCCAACACCGCCCCGCUGGCGUGGCUCAGUGGUUGAGCAUUGACCUAUGAACCGGGAGGUCACGGUUCCAUUCCUGGUCAGGGCACUUGCCCGGGUUGCGGGCUUGACCCCCAGUGUGGGGCCUGCAGGAGGCAGCCAAUCAAUGAUUCUCUCUCAUCAUUGAUGUUUAUAUUGCCCUUUCCCUUCCUCUCUGAAAUCAAUAAAAAUAUAAAAAUAAAAUAUAGCCAACACCAACUAACUUUUCCUCUCUUGAAGAGAGUUUAUUCUAUGUGCUUAGCUGCUUGUGAUUAAUAAAUACACUGUUUGCAAAUUUUGCUGAGAUAUGUGUAAGAGUUGAAUAAAUAGUCAAAAUGUUCCUGUCAAAAUGUCAUGUAUCCUUUGGUGCUACUCCUAGUAGGCAGGUGUAAUAUGACAUAAUAUAGGGACAUUGAAUGGAAAUUUCUGGGGAUCCCAUCAGUCACACUUUGAGGGGAACCGAUGUUCACCUCGCAACCACCAAACACUAGGCUCUUAAUGGUGCCUCUCCUUAUUAUGUCAUGUGGCGCUACUUUUGCCUGUUUCUGUGGCUCCUUGACAGAUCGAUCAGUGAGGAUAGUAGGUUGUUUAUUCAACAGUUAUACAACAACUAUUUAUGUAGUCCUUAUUAUGUGUCGGGCACUAGCGCACCUCAAUGAACAAGCAAAAUCUCUGCCCCCAAAGAACUUGCAGUGUGUAAUCAGGAAGACUAGCGAUUAAGCAGCACAGUUUUGGGCGUGACAAUAGGGCAAGGACAGGGUGCCCUGGGAGUGCUCGGGUAGAGCACCGAGCCCAGUUUUAGAGCCUGAGAAGGCUUUCUUACCUAAGCUACUGUUGUUGUGGUCUUUCCCAUCCAGAAAACUUCUAGUUUUGGGAUACAAUUUAUAAACAAUGUAAACAGUCUCUGGCAUUUCCUGCCUUUUCCAAACAUGGUAGGUUGGAACAUUAACAGUGUUUAAAUUACUUGUUUAAUUGGGGUAUAUAAAAUUACUAUAAACAUUUUAGAAUAUCCUGUUCUGGGAUAUAUGCAUCAGAUGCCAUGGUUUUCUUAUUAAAAAGAAACAAGCAA